AUAUCAACAGGUUAUAUGACGUCACGUUAACUAAUCCUUUACGAAACAAAGCGACUUUUUUGACAAAAAUAUUAGUUAAUAAUUAGUUUGUCGUUAGUACAUCAAGUAACAUUGUGACGUCAUAAAUGGACGACAGCGUUUUUGACGUUUAGAAAAUUUGAAAAAUACAUGCUUUAUAAAUUAAGUUUAAACUUAAUUAUUAACCUUAAGUUUUAUUCAUUGAUAUCGAUAUAUUUCGGACUCUUAUUUCAUAUACUAUACGAAAUUAAUAUUGUUUAUAUUAGUCAACUACCCUAUGUACCAGUGGAUUUGUAAAAAUAAAGUUGGCAACACUACGUGUUGCUGGCUGGCUGUGAUAACAAAUGUCAUAGAAAUUGAUUAUUUUAUUUUAUCCAAAUAAUUUUAAUUUUAACAUUUGGGUUAACUUUAUGUUUUAGAUUAGAACAUAAAUUAACAAUUACGACUGUAUUUAAAGAUUUGUGUAGUUGAAGACAAGUUGCGAUAAAAAUGAUUUUUUAUAAUAAUAUCAGUUACGAUAAAAAAAUGUUUCAGUUAUUUGUGUUGUAUUUGUUUUUCUCGUGUGUUUCAGCUAGAAGGUAUCCAGAAGAAUAUUAUCCUGGCAACUACUACAAUCAAGAAGAAGCAAGAAUUAAUGCUGCUUUGGAGAAACUGGACACAGAUGAUUCUCCUCAAUAUGUACCUAAUUGGCCGAACACAACCAUCAAGCUUGGGCAAGUGUCCGGAGUGGCCAUAGACAACUCUGGUCACACGCUGGUCUUCCACCGAGGAUCCAACACAUGGGAUGCCACCACAUUCUCCAUGCGGAACAUAUACCAGUUCAUAGGGGACCCGCCAAUACCGCAGCCAACUAUACUGGUGUUCAAUGAGACUGGGGAAUUGGUUGACUCAUGGGGACAGAACCUUUUCUACAUGCCGCACGGCAUCACGGCGGACCGGGAAGGCAACGUGUGGGUGACGGACGUGGCGCUGCACCAGGUGUUCAAGUUCACGCCGCAGUCCCGGACUCAGCCGGCGCUCGUGUUGGGGGAAAAGUUCGUGCCGCGCGACGACGACUACCACUUCUGCAAGCCGAGCGCGGUGGCUGUGCUGGCGUCCGGCGACUUCUUCGUGGCGGACGGCUACUGCAACGCGCGCGUCGUCAAGUUCGCGCGCGACGGCUCCAAGAUACUGCAGUGGGGCAAGCGCAGUAGUGGCAGGUUCGGCGACAGCGCGUUCGUGCUGAACGUGCCGCACGCGCUGGCGCUGGCGGAGGACCGCGGCGAGCUGUGCGUGGCCGACCGCGAGCGCGGCCGCGUGGCCUGCUUCCGCGCCGACUCGGGCGCCUUCAGCGGCGCCUUCCGCAGCUGGCUCGUCGGGCCCAAGCUCUACAGCGUCGCCUACGCGCCUGUAGACGGUGGUCGUCUGUACAUAGUGAACGGCCCCCGGCUGAGCGCGGUGCCGUCGCGCGGCUACGUCAUAGACUACGCGAGCGGGCGGCUGGUGGACACGUUCGCGGCGGCGGGCGGGUUCAGCAGCCCGCACGACGUGGCCGUGUCGCCCGACGGCGGCAGCAUCUACGUGGCCGAGCUCGACCCGCACCGCGUCUACAAGUUCGCGGACUCCAGGAACGGCACCAAGGAGCCGGGCGUAAAUGUCACGCAUGCAAAACCCACGGCCACUGUUGAGGCUCGCGGGCUGAUACUGAACGGUCCGGGCGAGGGGGUGGGUGUGUCGGGGGCGAGCGGCGGCUCCAGCGGUGCGUGGGGUGCGUGGGGCGGAGCCCUGGGCGGGGCCUUGGCGGCGGCCGGCGCCACGCUGCUGGUGGCGCUCUGCCGCGCACGGAACACGGGUAAGGCCCGCCGCGGGGAGCCCCUCUUACACUAACCGCGCCAUGAGAGCUAUAGCUUGUAGUACGAGAUCCGGUGUAAGAAAUAUACACCCUCAUCUGUUAAUUGAUUGGGAUAAAAAUUAAUGAUAGAAAAUAUUCACAUUGACGGCCUCCGUGACGCAGUGGUAUGCGCGGUGGAUUUACAAAACGGAGGGCCUGGGUUCGAUCCCCGGCUGGGCCAAUUGAGAUUUUCUUGAUUGGUCUGGUCUGGCUGGUGGGAGGCUUCGGCCGUGGCUAGUUACCACCCUACCGACAAAGACGUACCGCCAAGCGAUUUAGCGUUCCGGUACGAUGUCGUGUAGAAACCGAAAAGGGGUGUGGAUUUUCAUCCUCCUCCUAACAAGUUAGUCCGCUUCCAUCUUAGACUGCAUCAUCACUUACCAUCAGGUGAAAUUGUAGUCAAGGGCUAACUUGUAAAGAAUAAAAUAAAAAUAAAAAAAAAUUGACACAUUACACAUGUGUUACCUAGUUAAAAUGCGGCCGAUUAGUAUUAAAUGAUUAUUUUUUUUAUUUACUUAAUCUCUUUCUCUCAUUGGUUAAUUAAACACUACAUACCCUAGUUACAGUUUUGCGUAGGAUGGUGCAGGUGACAGUUCAUUUCACUCUUGAGAGUUUGACGCGAUUCACGAUAAUAGUACAUGCAGGCGACUGUCACUGUAGCCAUGCUAUCUGAAAAACACUUUGAUAGAAUAUACCCUAAAGUAUUGAAAAAAUAAUGUUGCCUGCCAUACUGCAACUGUGGUGUUGCCAGAUAUAAACAGUUAAGUAAUGUUAUUUAUUAUUAUUAGGUUGCCUUUGAUCUAGUUUAUGGUUUUCUAGUUUUUCUUCUAUGAAACAUAUGUUUGGUCGCAAUUUAACUCUGCAAUCUAUUCGCAAUGUGUCACUGUGAACAUUAUCUAUCAUUUAUUUCAUUGGACCAAUAACUAAUGAAUAACAGAUGAGGGUUUAUAUUUCUAAUGCCUGAUUUUAGACUAUGACGAAUGUCACCAACGAACUUGCCAAGCUAUAGCGUGUAAUACUGAAAUAGAUAAACGGUGCUUGGGUUUUAAGCCGCGUUCACACUUUGUCGAAACGAUUUUUAUUACUGUUAGACGACUGUCGUAUCUUGCUAUUCUCGUUAUAACAACUGUUUGGUUAGCAACAUUUUAUAAGUUUAAUGCAAUCGCUUUAGUGUUUGAGCAUAAUAGUCUCUACAAUAUGAUCUGAUCCCCAAAAAAGUAGAGGCGUAAUGUUUGUUUGAUCCAAAUAUACGUCAGAGAUAUGGAAAGUAUAAAUUUAUACCUCUUCCAAGUAAGCCUGCUUCCAUAUUAGACUGCAUCGUUAUUUAACAUCAAGUAACUAACUUGUCAUUGAAUUAAAAAAUACAGUAUGCUAUUUACUAUUUGUUAAGAAAGACAGAAUAAGUAAAAACAAUGGCAGAGACAGAUAGUCGCACUAGUAUUAUUAUUCGUCACGGUGUUAUGAAUCUCUCUUCACUAACAAAAGGCGUGUCGUAUGGCAGUUAAGCCGUGCACGACUUUUGGAUCUGUCGUCACGACAUAGUGGAAACGCGCCCUUUAACGAUUUUUCUAUUUCACUAUUGUGCUUAUUAAGUGUCACUUAUUAAGAUCAAACUUUUGUGUCUACUUAUGAAAAUUAAAAAAAAAUUAAAAUUUGACAAACCAUUGGUAAUAUUGUUAAUAACAUCUCAAAAUAUUACAACUGAAGUAUUUUAUUCAAAAAUAUCUAAUGAAGUUUUAUCAUUAAUGUGUAGUUAUAAUUUUGCGAUACAAGAUUGAAGUCAGUGGCUUCAUUAACAAUUACAUACAUAAACUGUUUCUCUUUAAUUUAUAUGUGGUGUACAAAUAUAGAGUAAGGAAAUAAAUAAAAAUUAGGUGUACAGUAUGUAACAAAACUGGUAUUUACCUAAAUUACAUUAUUAAGUUUACAAAUGUGAUUAGUUGCAGUCAAGUAUACACACUCACACAAGUCAAUACACACUAUUUAAUAAAAAUUAACUUUGAAAAUAUAGAGUAAAAUAUAAAUAAAUAAUAAGUAGAUAUACAGUAUGUAACAAAAUCCGGUUGAUUUUUGUUGGUAAUAUAUUUACCUAAAUUACAUUAUUUAGUCAACAAAUUUAUUUACUUGCAGUCAAGUAUAUAAUACACAAUAAUCCCUAAAAAAUAACUUUGAUACAAAAAGUGUUGCCUAAAAGAACCAUUUUUAAUAAUUCGCUCGAGUAAAGAAUACUCAUGCAAGUAAUUUUAUAAAUAUCUGUGCAUAUUGAUUCGUAUAACAUUCGUAUCGCCCACCAACCCGCUCUGAAGAAGUGUGGUGGGUAUAUGCCUCAUAUCCCAUCUCUUUAAGGCCCCAUAUUUGGUGGUUAAGACAUGUGGAUAUUGGUUGAUUCGUGUUAUAUAGCUGGGAUAAUAUUUUUGUUAGAUAAAUAUAGGAAUAAAGUAUUUUUUUAUAUUAGAGACAGCAUGUCUAGAUAUACUACGAGUAUCUAACAGAUCUGUGGUUUAUUUUUCGUAAAUAAAUAUGAAUUACAAAUUAUAAUGAAGCAUUCCAUAACAUAUAAUAUGUACAAUUCCAAAAUCAAUGUUCAUCAAAGGACUGAAAACUUAUGAUCUGUUUUUAUUCAAAAUUUAAUUAAAUAAUAAUUUAUGAGUUAGGAUUUUAUUUAAGUUUGUUAUUAAUUGUUGUUUCUCCAUUUAUUUGUUUGUAUAUUUUGAUUUUUCACAAUAUUUUUAUUUUAAUCUGUAGAAUAAAUAUUUAUUAGUUAUAUUUUAUUGCAUAAUUAUUAUGAAAUAUUAAAUUAUAUUUUUGUCUCUGUUCUGUGAUGUGAUCUGUUCAUGGCUAUGUUUUAAAACCGUUUAAUUGUUCGUUAUCAACUAAGUUGUGAUGCCAUAAAUUUCAAUGAAUACCAAUAUAUAGAUAAAUAAUUGAUUGGUAGACCGACGACCCAGUUGAUAACGCGCCAUUUAAGUGCCGUUUAUAUUCCAUUGGAACAUGGAAGAGGUUGGAGGAGGCCUUUGCCGAUUGGCAAACAGAUUUCCAAAAAAUAACCAAGAAACAGCUACUACACUUAUAAAUCUUUCGUUUAUGUUUUUAGUUUGUAAAAAAUUAAUAAUCUGAAUAAAAGGCUAUUAUUAUUAUUAUUAUUAUAUUCCAUUCCAUGCUGUUUAGUAUGUUACAGGCAUACCACGCCAUUCCACUUCAUAUUUCGUUGCCAUAGUAAAGUAUAUUAAGUAACACACACUUUGUAUUAUAUUAAUAGACUUACCACACUAGCACAGUGUGUGAUGUGCCGAGUUAAAAUAAUCUCUCAUACGAUGGGCUUAUGCUGUAAGAUUUUUGACUUUAAAACUAUCGCAAGUAGAGUUUUGCUUAUGAAAGUAGAGACUGCAAUCGCCCGCCAAAUUAAAAAAAACGGAGUCUGUAAUCGGAGUAAAAAUAACUGUAAUCGGAGUAAAAAUAUCUGAGUUUAAUACUUAUUUAUAGGUAGUAAAGUAUUUACAAACAAAAAAAUAAUUUAAACAAAUUAUGAAAACGCAUGUAUUUAAUUUGUUAAAAUGUUUUUUUAAAUUUGGCGGGUGAUUUCAGUCUCUACUUUCAUUAUGCAGACUCUAUAAUUUACAGCCAAACUGGCUGUUGUUGCUGUUUUGUUGUUGCUUGGUUUGGCAACAUUGUUAUUGAACUUAGAUUUUAUGACAAAUAUCACUGCUUAGUAGUGCCGAUUAUAGAUCGAGCAGUUAAUAAGUCCGUUCCGUUCGUAUGUUGACAAUCGCGAUCGCCUGUCUUAGCAAAUUGCGUGUUGCUAAACGUAAAAAAAUACAGCAUAACCCAUCUGAUGUCUAUUAGUGUCACUUUUUAAGCUAUUCUGUUCACAAUGCUCUUGUAACAAGGACACCUUGAUUUUAGUUGUUUCAUUUUUAUUGACACUGUACUUACUUGUUUUUAGUUUUUCUUGUACCUGUUAAGCUAUACUAUUACUAUUAAAUUAUCUCUAAAUGUUCAAGAUUCCUAUUUAUUAAGGUUGAAAUAUAUUUAUUCGAGCAGC